GUUGUAAACAGUUGAAAAAGACGACGCGUUCCAAAUCAAGCACAACCUCAGUUCUCUUAUUUUUUUCUUUUUUUUUCUUUUUCUUUUCAUUUCUAAUAAAUGCGUGUUGCGUACCUUGCGUCGCUCGCACUCGUUGCGCUCACUCUUGCGCUCGUCAACGCUGAUGAGACCAAGCAGCGCGAAUACGGCACCGUCAUCGGCAUCGAUCUCGGCACCACUUACAGCUGCGUCGGCGUGUUCAAGAACGGCCGCGUUGAAAUCAUCCCCAACGACCAAGGCAACCGCAUCACCCCCUCGUAUGUCGCAUUCACUGACGACGGCGAGCGCCUCAUUGGCGACGCCGCCAAGAACCAACUGACGGCCAACCCCUUCAACACCAUUUUCGACGCCAAGCGCCUCAUCGGCCGCGAGUUUAACGAAAAGUCCAUCCAGGCCGACAUCAAGCUCUGGCCCUUCAAGGUUGUCAACAAGAACGCCAAGCCCUACAUCAAGGUGGCCACCAGCGCCGGCGACAAGGUUCUCUCGCCCGAGGAGGUGUCUGCCAUGAUUUUGCUCAAGAUGAAGGAGACGGCUGAGGCCUACCUCGGCCACAAGGUCACCCACGCCGUCGUCACUGUGCCCGCCUACUUUAACGACGCCCAGCGUCAGGCCACCAAGGACGCCGGCACGAUCGCUGGUCUCACCGUCCUCCGCAUCAUCAACGAGCCCACGGCCGCUGCCAUCGCAUACGGUCUCGACAAGAACGACGGCGAGAAGAACAUUCUCGUGUUUGAUCUCGGUGGUGGCACGUUCGACGUUUCGCUCCUGACCAUCGACAACGGCGUCUUUGAGGUCGUUGCGACCAACGGUGACACUCACCUUGGUGGCCAGGACUUUGACCAACGCAUCAUGCAACACUUUAUGCGCCAGUACAAGGAGAAGAAGGGCAAGGACAUUUCCAGCGACGUUCGCGCCGUCCAAAAGCUUCGUCGUGAGGCCGAGAAGGCCAAGCGCGCCCUCUCCUCGCAGCACUCUGCCCGCCUCGAAAUCGAGGCCUUCUUUGACGGCGAGGACUUUUCCGAGACGCUCACCCGCGCCAAGUUUGAGGAGCUGAACGCCGACCUCUUCCGCUCGACCCUUGCCCCCGUCAAGAAGGUCUUGGAAGACUCUGGCCUCCGCAAGGAGGAGAUUGACGAAAUUGUCCUGGUCGGUGGCUCCACUCGCAUCCCCAAGGUCCAGCAGCUCGUCAAGGACUUUUUCAACGGCAAGGAGCCCAACCGCGGCAUCAACCCCGACGAAGCCGUCGCGUAUGGCGCCGCCGUCCAGGCUGGCGUUCUCGGUGGCGAGGAAUCCACUGGCGACCUUGUUCUUCUCGACGUCAACCCCCUGACCCUCGGUAUUGAGACUGUUGGCGGCGUCAUGACCAAGCUCAUCCCCCGCAACUCUGUCAUCCCCACCAAGAAGUCCCAAAUCUUCUCCACCGCCGCCGACAACCAGCCCACCGUCACCAUCCAGGUCUUUGAGGGCGAGCGCUCCCUCACCAAGGACUGCCACACCCUCGGCAAGUUCGAUCUGACUGGCAUUCCCCCAGCAGCCCGCGGCGUUCCCCAAAUCGAGGUCACCUUUGAGAUUGACGCCAACGGCAUUCUCCGCGUCUCGGCCGAGGACAAGGGCACUGGCAAGUCUGAGAAGAUCACCAUCACCAACGACCAAAACCGUCUGACCCCCGAGGAGAUUGAGCGCAUGGUCAACGACGCCGAGCGCUUUGCCGACCAGGACAAGAAGGUCAAGGAGCGUGUUGACGCCAAGAACGAGCUCGAGAGCUACGCCUACAACCUGCGCAACCAAAUCAAGGACGAGGACAAGCUCGGCGGCAAGCUCGACGAGGAGGACAAGGAGACCAUCACCACCGCCGUCGACGAGACGAUCGCCUGGCUCGACCAGUCCGGCGCCGAGGCCACCACCGAGGAGCUCAAGGAAAAGAAGGCUGCCUUUGAGAAGAUUGUCCAGCCCAUCGUUUCCAAGCUCUACCAGGGCGGUGCCGGUGGCGCUCCCUCUGGCGACGACGAGGGUCACGACGAGUUCUAAACAAAAAAAUGCUGCUGCUGCUUUUUUUGUUUCUCUUCUUCCAUUUACUAGAAAUCACAAAAAGUCAAUAAAUUACAAUUACAAUGA